AUGAAAUCCAACCAAGAGCGGAGCAACGAAUGCCUGCCUCCCAAGAAGCGCGAGAUCCCCGCCACCAGCCGGUCCUCCGAGGAGAAGGCCCCUGCCCUGCCCAGCGACAACCACCGGGUGGAGGGCACAGCAUGGCUCCCGGGCAACCCUGGUGGCCGGGGCCACGGGGGCGGGAGGCAUGGGCCGGCAGGGACCUCGCACCUCAGCAGGGCUCCAGGGCUUAUCACCCCGGGGUCCCCCCCACCCGCCCAGCAGAACCAGUACGUCCACAUUUCCAGUUCUCCGCAGAGCACCGGCCGCACCGCCUCUCCUCCAGCCAUCCCCGUCCACCUCCACCCCCAUCAGACGAUGAUCCCACACACGCUCACCCUGGGGCCCCCCUCCCAGGUCGUCAUGCAAUACGCCGACUCCGGCAGCCACUUUGUCCCUCGGGAGGCCACCAAGAAAGCUGAGAGCAGCCGGCUGCAGCAGGCCAUCCAGGCCAAGGAGGUCCUGAACGGUGAGAUGGAGAAGAGCCGGCGGUAUGGGGCCCCGUCCUCGGCCGACCUGGGCUUGGGCAAGGCAGGUGGCAAGUCGGUUCCUCACCCGUACGAGUCCAGGCACGUGGUGGUUCACCCGAGCCCCUCAGACUACAGCAGUCGUGAUCCUUCAGGGGUCCGGGCCUCUGUGAUGGUCCUGCCCAACAGCAACACGCCCGCGGCCGACCUGGAGGUGCAACAGGCCACUCAUCGCGAGGCCUCCCCCUCCACCCUCAACGACAAAAGCGGCCUGCAUUUAGGGAAGCCUGGCCACCGGUCCUAUGCGCUCUCACCCCACACGGUCAUUCAGACCACACACAGUGCUUCAGAGCCACUCCCGGUGGGACUGCCAGCCACGGCCUUCUACGCAGGGACUCAACCCCCUGUCAUCGGCUACCUGAGCGGCCAGCAGCAAGCAAUCACCUACGCCGGCAGCCUGCCCCAGCACCUGGUGAUACCUGGCACACAGCCCCUGCUCAUCCCGGUGGGCAGCACUGACAUGGAAGCGUCGGGGGCAGCCCCGGCCAUAGUCACGUCAUCCCCCCAGUUUGCUGCAGUGCCUCACACGUUCGUCACCACCGCCCUUCCCAAGAGCGAGAACUUCAACCCCGAGGCCCUGGUCACCCAGUCCGCCUACCCAGCCAUGGUGCAGGCCCAGAUCCACCUACCCGUGGUGCAGUCCGUGGCCUCCCCGGCGGCGGCUCCCCCUACUCUGCCUCCCUACUUCAUGAAAGGCUCCAUCAUCCAGUUGGCCAACGGGGAGCUAAAGAAGGUGGAAGACUUAAAAACAGAAGAUUUCAUCCAGAGCGCAGAGAUAAGCAACGACCUGAAGAUCGACUCUAGCACCGUGGAGAGGAUCGAAGACAGCCAUAGCCCAGGCGUGGCCGUGAUACAGUUCGCCGUCGGGGAGCACCGAGCCCAGGUCAGCGUUGAAGUUUUGGUAGAGUAUCCUUUUUUUGUGUUUGGACAGGGCUGGUCAUCCUGCUGUCCGGAGAGAACCAGCCAGCUCUUUGAUUUGCCGUGUUCCAAACUCUCAGUUGGGGAUGUGUGCAUCUCGCUUACCCUCAAGAACCUGAAGAACGGCUCUGUUAAAAAGGGCCAGCCCGUGGAUCCCGCCAGCGUCCUGCUGAAGCACUCAAAGGCCGACGGCCUGGCGGGCAGCAGACACAGGUAUGCCGAGCAGGAAAACGGAAUCAACCAGGGGAGUGCCCAGAUGCUCUCUGAGAAUGGCGAACUGAAGUUUCCAGAGAAAAUGGGAUUGCCUGCAGCGCCCUUCCUCACCAAAAUAGAACCCAGCAAGCCCGCGGCCACGAGGAAGAGGAGGUGGUCGGCGCCGGAGAGCCGCAAACUGGAGAAGUCAGAAGACGAACCACCUUUGACUCUUCCUAAGCCUUCUCUAAUUCCUCAGGAGGUUAAGAUUUGCAUUGAAGGCCGGUCUAAUGUAGGCAAGUAGAGGCAGCGUGGGGGAAAGGAAACGUGGCUCUCCCUUAUCAUUUGUAUCCAGAUUACUGUACUGUAGGCUAAAUAACACAGUAUUUACAUGUUAUCCUCUUAUUUUAGGUUUCUGUUCUAACCUUGUCAUUAGAGUUACAGCAGGUGUGUCGCAGGAGACUGGUGCAUAUGCUUUUUCCACGAGUGUCUGUCAGUGAGCGGGCGGGAGGAAGGGCACAGCAGGAGCGGCCAGGGCUCCACGCAUCCCCGGGGAAGAAAGGAACCGGGCUCCACAGCGCCUGCUUUUUGUAGCGGCCCAGAAGCAGCCAAGGGCGCUGACUCCCGCUAGUGUCAGGAGAAAAGUCCCGUGGGAAGGGUCCUGCAGGGGUGCAGGGGUGCACGCAAGUGGGGGUGCACAGGCGCUGUGGCGGCGAGUGAGGGUCUCUUUUUCUCUGCCUCCCUCUGCCUCACUCUCUUGCUAUCGGCAUGGGACGGGGUGUUCAGAGCAGUGUCCUCCUGGGGUUCCCAUGUGCAAAAUCAACAUCAGGAACCCAGCUUCAGGGCAUCGCGGAGGCGCGUCAGACGGCAGAUUUGGAAAGUUAACCAUUUAAAAGAACAUUUUUCUCUCCAACCUAUUUUACAAUAAAAGCAACUUUUAAUUGUAUAGAUAUAUAUUUCCCCCUAUGGGGCCUGACUGCACUGAUAUAUUUUUUUUUUUAAAGAGCAACUGCCACAUGCGGGAUUUCAUUUCUGCUUUUUACUAGUGCAGCGAUGUCACCGGGGUGUUGUGGUGGACAGGGAAGCCCCCUGCUGUCAUGGCCCCACAUGGGGUAAGGGGGGUUGGGGGUGGGGGCGGGGGAGAGAGCGAACACCCACGCUGGUUUCUGUGCAGUGUUAGGUAAACCAAUCAGGUUAUUGCAUUGACUUCACUCCCAAGAGGUAGAUGCAAACUGCCCUUCAGUGAGAGCCACAGAAGCUCUUCACGUUGAGUUUGCAAAAUCUUUUUGUCUUUGAACUCUAGUACUGUUUAUAGUUCAUGACUAUGGACAACUCGGGUGCCACUUUUUUUUUUUUUUCAGAUUCCAGUGUGACAUGAGGAAUUAGAUUUUGAAGAUGAGCAUAUAUUACUAUCUUUAAGCAUUUAAAAAUACUGUUCACACUUUAUUACCAAGCAUCUUGGUCUCUCAUUCAACAAGUACUGUAUCUCACUUUAAACUCUUUGGGGAAAAAAAAAAAAACAAAAAAACAAAAAAAACUAAGUUGCUUUCUUUUUUUCAACACUGUAACUACAUUUCAGCUCUGCAGAAUUGCUGAAGAGCAAGAUAUUGAAAGUUUCAAUGUGGUUUAAAGGGAUGAAUGUGAAUUAUGAACUAGUAUGUGACAAUAAAUGACCACCAAGUACUACCUGACGGGAGGCACUUUUCACUUUGAUGUCUGAGAAUCAGUUCAAGGCAUAUGCAGAGUUGGCAGAGAAACUGAGAGAAAAGGGAUGGAGAAGAAAAUACUCAUUUUUGUCCAGUGUUUUUCUUUUUAAGAUGAACUUUUAAAGAACCUUGCGAUUUGCACAUAUUGAGUUUAUAAUUUGUGUGAUAUUCCUGCAGUUUUUAUCCAAUAACAUUGUGGGAAAGGUUUGGGGGACUGAACGAGCAUAAAUAAAUGUAGCAAAAUUUCUUUCUAA